AUGCCUCAACCAGAGACUUUGUCUCAUCCUGUGAAAUCAUACGUCGAUUCCAUGAUCUACGAGGCUGUCACUUAUGAGAGCACAGCACCUUCCGGGCCGCGGCAGGACUUGCACUGUGCAAAUGUUGUGCUCAGCAUGUGGGUGUCACCGAAGGGUCACACAAGUGGCGGGCUCUCAUACUCCCCAGAUGACUCUUCAACCACAGUGCCAGACAUACAGAGCCGCUGA